AUGGCGCAAGAGGCAGAGCAUUUGAGGAGAAGCGGCAGCCUAAAGCAGCAGGAUUAGACCUCUGGCAUUUUGGCCAACUGAUGCAUGGAUUGACUUGGAGCGGAGGACUGUGCUACGGAGGUAUCAGGAGGCAGCCUGACUGCCUGUGUUCUGACUGUGUGUUGCUGGGAUCGGAGUGAAACGGCACAGACAGGCUGAUGCACCGGUAGGACUGGGCCGGGCCUCUGGAUCCGUACUGUGGGGGAGGGGCAGUCGACGCAGAGAGGGAGACUGUUUUUCCAGACCACAGCUCUGGUUUGAUUCUUCAGCCUGACCGUCUGCUACAGGCCUGCCUGCAUCCCACUCUGUCUCCCUCUCUUUCUCUCCAUCCUUGUUUUUCUCUUGCUAGCAUCAGUUGUUUCCCCCUUCUCCCUUCCCCAGUGUUCCUGUCAUCCACUCUCCCUUGACAUCCAUCAUUCGAUACUACAGUCAUCUUUCUGUCCUCCCAUCACCAUCUCUUCAUUUCCCUGACUUCCAUCAUCUAAAUUUUUCAUUAGUGUUUGCCAAGCAGCUCAGCUCUCGCAACAUCAUUUUUUUCGUUUACAUUUUUCUCACAUUGGCACUCUUUUCCUCCAUCCACUCCUCUCUUUGCCCUUCAGACGGUCCCUCACUCCCUGUCUCCUGCCUCCCCUGCUUCCAUCUUUACUCUUUCAGCUCCUAUCCACCUUUACCCUGCAGUGACUAUAGAUUUGGGUCAGCCUGCUCAGCAAAUGGGAUGAGAUGUAGUCUCCACAGCAGCCGGAUCCAGGGGGCUCCUGGUUUGCCCUCAUCUUCUGAUCACACUGAGGCUGGAGCCUGACUCAGGACUGACUGGGUGGCCUGCUUUGGGAUAUUGCAUGUAGGCAAGGACAGUCUGCACCAGCAGCCCCUACCCUCACCCCCUUCCCCUGUUCCUUUGACCCCCUCUUGGGGCAGCCGUCACUCUGGAGUGUCCUGGCUUGACUGGCUGUGGCCUCUCCCCACAUACCCUGACGACGCCCUCAUGCCACUGGGGGACCCACGGCACCUCCACCCCACUCCACUACCGAACCUCCUGCCGGUGCCAUCGACCAAAACCCCCGGUCACCCUCAACAUGGGUGUGGUGGAGGCCAUUGACCCAGCGCCGUCCCCCUGCCCCUCACCUGUACCAGGGGGCUACAGGCUGCCCCGCUCCUCCAGCUACAGCCCCCUGCAGGGGAGGGCAGGGGCAGAGCUGGACCUUGGUGCAGCUGCUGGAGGAGUUCUGGAGGGGGGUGGGACGGCAGCGGAGCGCAGGACACCCUUAGUGGACCUAUUCUGUGAGACCUGCUCCAAGCCCUGGCUCAUCGGUUGGUGGGACCAGUUUAAAAGGAUGCUGAACAGGGAGCUGUCCCAUUUGUCAGAGAUGAGUCGCUCAGGGAACCAAGUGUCAGAAUACAUCUCCACUACCUUUCUAGAUAAGCAGAACGAAGUGGAAAUCCCAUCCCCCACCAUAAGGGAGAGGGAGAAGCCCAUGUGUCACAUCAGUGGUGUGAAGAAGCUCACACACAGCUCCAGCCUUUCCAACUCCGCCCUGCCUCGCUUCGGAGUGAAAACAGAACAUGAGGAUGCGCUAGCCAGGGAGCUGAACGACUUGAACAAGUGGGGCCUUAAUAUCUUUCGUGUGGCAGAGUUCUCUAAUAAUCGACCCCUAAGCUGCAUAAUGUAUGCCAUCUUCCAGGAAAGAGAUCUACUGAAAACCUUUCGGAUACCUGUGGAUACGUUUGUCACCUAUGUGAUGACCCUGGAGGACCACUAUCACGCCAAUGUGGCCUACCACAACAGCCUCCACGCUGCAGAUGUCACUCAGUCUACUCAUGUACUGCUGUCCACACCAGCUUUAGAUGCUGUAUUCACUGAUCUAGAGAUACUAGCUGCGUUAUUUGCUGCUGCCAUCCAUGAUGUGGACCAUCCAGGAGUGUCAAACCAAUUCCUCAUAAACACCAACUCAGAAUUAGCCUUGAUGUAUAAUGAUGAGUCCGUGCUGGAGAACCAUCACUUGGCUGUAGGUUUUAAGCUGCUUCAUGAGGAGAACUGUGACAUCUUCCAGAACCUUACCAAGAGGCAAAGGCAGAGCCUGAGGAAACUUGUUAUUGACAUGGUUUUGGCAACAGAUAUGUCUAAACACAUGAGUUUGCUGGCAGACCUCAAGACUAUGGUGGAAACCAAGAAAGUGACAAGUUCUGGAGUGCUGAUGCUUGACCACUACACUGAUCGAAUACAGGUAUUGAGGAACAUGGUGCACUGUGCUGACCUGAGCAAUCCCACGAAGCCUCUGGCUGUGUAUCGACAGUGGACGGAGAGAAUCAUGGAGGAGUUCUUCAGGCAGGGAGACAAGGAGAGAGAACGGGGGAUGGAGAUCAGUCCCAUGUGCGAUAAACACACUGCAUCUGUGGAAAAAAGUCAGGUGGGCUUUAUUGACUACAUUGUCCACCCGCUGUGGGAGACAUGGGGGGAUCUUGUGCACCCCGAUGCCCAGGAAAUCUUGGACACUCUGGAGGACAACAGGGAUUGGUACCAGAGCACUAUCCCCCAAAGCCCCUCGCCACCUCCUGUGGACGAGGACAAGGAUCUAAACGCCUGCAUAGACAAGUUUCAGUUUGAGCUCACCCUCGAAGAGAGCUCGCAGAGGGAACAGGAAGACGGAGAUGACAAGUCCACGUCAAACCAUGUGGCACAGGACUGCAGUCACGGGGAGGAUGAGUGCAAAAAGGAUGAAGAGGAAGACAUAAUGGCAGAGGAGGAAAAUGAGGAUAUAAUAGAAGAGGAGGAUGAGGUGGCAAUGGAAGAAGAGGACUUGGAGGAGGAGCUGAAAUCGCAGUUGGGUAGGGGGCCUGAAAAGGACAGACUUUCUGACACAAGUCCUGUAGAGGAAGAGGAGGAUUCUUCUUCACAAGCUGAUGAUACAUGAGUUCUGCUCCUGUAUCUCCCUCCUCACUUGCACACAUUAUCUUGUUCAUCCUUUCAAUGGCCAAACCAAGAACAAAUAAGACUGCAAUGACAAUACACACCUUUAAAUAUAUUUUUCAAAAAGGGAAUAAAUAAAAAUUGCUUAAAGAGAAGUUAAUUACACAGCAACUGUAGAUUCGGAGUGGUGACGAGUCCUUCGACUGGUUCCACAGUGGACUUUAAACUGAGAGGAAUUUAGGAGAGCAUUAAUGGUGGGCGACUGAAGACAGCGUAGCACUCUGGACUUGAAUGCACACACAUAAACACACAUGAAGUGACACGUUAUAACUUAAAAAACAACAGUAAGCGCAGGAACAAGUCAACUAAUGCAAUGUGUGUACAAGCAUGCAGCAGACAUGCGCUCCACAUAUUCCCUGUUCUUUUGUUGGGUGGGGGGGUUCUUGGAAAUACACAGGCAGAAACACACACUGGACUGUAUGUUUGUAUGUGUGCAUUUAUAAGAGGGACACUGAUAAGUAAUGAAUCUCUUUGGAAAAAGCCAUCCCUUAAUGGAGUAUUAACUAGUGUUCAGUCAGUAUUAGUAAUUCAUGUUUGUUAGAAUCUCAAUAGAAACUGUUCUCCUCAGAAAAGCUACACAUCCGAGUGACUUCUUUUUUUUUUUUCCAUUUCUGUCGGAAAGAAAAAUAAGAUAAUCCCAUUGGGAGUUGGAGGAGGAGAGGGGAAACUACGGACAGAAAGGAAGACGCUGCGACGAAGGGGCCAUCAGGUCCCACACCCCCCUUUUCCCUUUACACGGAGAGUGCUACUGGUGCAAGAUGGCUCUGUGCCUUUCUGAAACACCAGCUUCCUGAACGGAGCUGUCGUGAAGCAAUGCAUUGUGGGACAGGAGCGUCUGAUUUUUGUUAUCAUUUUUGAUUGUCUCGUUGAAGAUCUCUCUCUUUACUGUUCAUGGUAUUGUGGUGUGUAUCUCACACGUACAGUUUCUGUGGUGAUAUGUUUUCAGCUGUAAGUCUUCCUUUGUUGCUCUUCUGGUAAUAUAAUGACUCAGAACUCUAAAUGCAGAGCAAUCCCUACCACCACCACAACCACCAGUGGACUCUCUUUCCAGCUUAUGUUAUUAUUUUUUUUUUUUUUAAUUAUUAGAAUAUCUUUUUUAAAAAAAAAAACUUUCUGAGAAUAAGCCAUGUGAUGCUUUGAAGCAUACGUUUUUGCCUAUUUUAUAUUUAACAGUUGCUGAAUACGUUGAAGGGACACGGGAUUAUUUCAUCAGCAGAACAAAUUUUCACUCGCCAUCUCACACCCACUUGCACUGCGUGGUUAUCCUCGUCUCCUCAUACACAACAAAUCUCACCAAAGUAAAGGAUGAGAAACUUCAGUGGGUGAAGUGAUUCAAGGGAAGACAGAUGAAUAAGAAAAUCAGGGAGGUAGGAUGUCAGGGGAAAGAAGGGUGACGUGGCCAAAUAGGCGGUCUAGCAGUUCCUAAUCAUCCUUGUUAUGUUUGAUGCUUUUUUGCCUUAAUGUCAGAUGCAGGAUACAUGCCUGCUAGUAUGUAGGUUUAUAAGAUAUAUAACAGAUAUCCUAGUAUAUUUAUAUCAUGUCUGUAUGCUUAUUUCUGUGAGUAUCCAGUAUCCAAUGUAUCCAGCAUUGCAUUUGGAGGGGAAAGGUAGACACUGCUGCUGACCAACUGUUAUGUUGUUGCUGUGCUCGGACCAGCAUAAAGAAUGUGUUGUUUUCUAAUCAGGAUGGCAAAAUGACUAUCUUAUAGCUAACUGAAGGCAUCGAUGGGAAAAUAAGAAAUCGGAGUUAAGAAUGAAAAGGGAUGCUCUUUCUUUAAAUCUGACCACAUGCUGAUUCUAGAGUUGGUGUGUUUGUGUGCGUGUGCGCGUGUGUGUUUGUUAGGCAUGAGAGGACGCAUAAGAGAUGGCAGCAUGCUGAAGAUGUUGCCACACUUGUCAUUGUUCGCUCACUGGCAUCGCCGCAUCUUGUCGAGCGGACGUUCAGGAUUCGAUCAGCACAGCUCAAACAGGCCACCGUUUGUCCAGGUGUUUGUUUCUCACAGGGUAUAAAAAAAAUAAAUACAUAAAAGAACACAGAGUGUGGUUCUUUUCAAAAGGUAAGAGCAAGUUCCUGCAGGUCAGUAACUGAACUUAUCUGAGGACGCCACAGACUGGUGUAAGAGAGCCCCCGUGGGUUUGAGCGGCUCUGUUCCAGGAUGGGGCAGAGCUGCGAGGCCCCCCACACAGGCUGUUUCAUCCAGUGGAAUGGGAAGUUACUCAAAUAAAAAAUUCCCAUACGCACUGGCCUUUUACUUUCAACAUGUUGCUUUGUUUUGUGGCUUCUCGUUCUGUUAUAAGCUAUAAAAACAUCAAUAUUUAAUUGCCAUACAAACACGAUACUGUAGCAAUUGUUUCUUAUUAAGGAAAUUAUUAAAUUGAUUGAUUGCUGCCAUUCUUUUUAAAUGACAAAAAGAAAACCACGGGACGUGUUUUCUUUGAACAGUUUGUGUACAGUUUAUUUUUAUAUCAUUCUGGUGGAUGGUCUGGAAAAUGAAUCACGUGUUGAUGAUAUAGCUAUAAGCAUUACCACUCUUGUAUAUAAUGUAAUAUUGUAUUGUAAAUUAUAAAUUUAUCGGCAUCAUCAUGAUUGACAAAUAACCACUUAAAGUUGUUAAGUGAACCACUGCAGGCUACAACCUCAUAUUUCCAUCCUUCAAAUAUAUUUUUCCUCACUUGUGCUGUCUUUAUUUUUUUUAAAUUGUUCACAUUUAUUGUUAAAAAUCAAAUAUAUUUGUACCAGCACUUUAUUUCAUCAGGUUUCGAGGCAGACGGUGUGUGUAUGCUGCUGGUUUGGUCACUGGCAGUCACUUAUUGAUUAUAUUCCACUGGGCCAAACCACAAACUCUCAUUGUGACGCAGUCAGUGUUCACUCGUCUCUGAAGGCAUAACCAAACAAACUGAUCAUUCUUUAUUAAAAGUCAGAUUGAACCCAUUUGACUGAUACCAUCAAAUGGAAGCUGAGGUAGUCACAUAGGACGCAGUCAAAGGAGAUAAAUGAGUCCUUAUGUAACUUGGCCAUUUCUAGCACUGUCACCACCUCUGUUUCUUAGUAACUUUAAUCACGAUCUAGACUGAUAGCCUAAAUGUCCAUCCCGUGGUGGCCUACUUAGCUGGUUCCCAUCGGGGUUGCUGUCAGGUUACGUUGUCACAGACUGACUCUGAGAAUACUUCUCUGGGCUUUAAUUCAAGUGUUUGUUCCUGAGCAAGAAAGGUUAUUCAAGGGAAAAAAAAACAUGAAAUGAUUGUAAUAUUUGUAAAUGAUGUUGCUGUAAUGUGUAAAAUGUGUCCAAGUUAUUUUUUAUUAUAUUAUUUUUAUGAAAGUUUUUCCUCUUGACAGAGCUGAGGUGUCAUUUUGUGAAUAAAUGCAUUUAAUAAGCAAACAUCUAUAUAUAAAACAAUAUUAUAGUAUAUCAGUAUAUUUUUCUUUUAUUUCACUGUUCGGUACUGUAAAGUGUGUUAAA